UUUUUGUUCAGUGGACUGCCGUCCUGUCCGCUGCCCCUCACCCUGCUGCUUUCUGGAUUUGCUUUAGCUACUUUUGGAAUAGCACACUCUUUCUCUUAUUUUCGACUAUUGUGGAUUGGCGACUUUUUGGUCGUGAGCUGGUUAAGUAAAGAACAGUCAACAUAAAAGUUGGCGGAGCGGCCCUCGGGAUGUCAGGAUCUUUACAAGUGACGCAGAAGCUGCAGCAUCAGCAUCAAGUGCAGCAGCAGCAUCAGCAUCAAGUGCAGCAGCAGCAGCAGCAGCAUCACUAUGAGAGCAGCUGUUACCUGAGCUCCAAGUCGUCUGUUAGCAAGCAGUCGUUUUCGACUUUCAAGACCACCAGCCGUCGCCUGAAGACCACUGUGAAGACAGAGAAGGGGCAGGAGGUGGUUAAACUGAGCCCGCUACCCAAGAGAGCCAAACGCACCUACCUGGCAAUGGACACGGACAAGGAAGUUAUCGGCUACGUCAUUCCCGUAUUUAGAGCCAAUCAUGAUGUUGUUCGCGGUCUGAUGGAGUCCCAGGAGGAGAUGACGGAGGAGGGGAUUAACUAUGUGGCCAUGAGGAACCUGUUUGUGAGGGAGGCCAAGGAGGCGAUGGAGGUUAGAGUGGAGAGGAAAACCAGAUCAACGCAUAUCAGGGAGUCUGCCGAGCGCAUGGCACUGAGCCAGACGUUGGAGCAGUGGACGGAGUUUCGUAAGAAAAUGAACCCAGACAGCCUGACACACCGUCCAGAGUUCAUCGUCAAACCCCGUGGACAGACUGUCUGGGAGGGCAACACUGUCAAGCUGCACUGCACUGUGGCUGGAUGGCCUAAACCCAGGAUUGCCUGGUACAAAAACAAUGUGAUGAUUGACGCCAAGGCUCACCCAGAGAAGUACGCCAUCGAGAGCAACUACAACAUGCACUCCCUGGAGAUCAAGAACUGUAAUUUCCUCGACACCGCUCAGUAUCACAUCUCUGCCCUCAACGUGAAAGGGGACUCUUCCUCCGUGGCUACCAUUGUGGUCAAAAGGUUCAAGGACGGCGAGGAAGCAGGCCCACUUGAUCGUAAACCACAUGGUUUCAGCCCUGAGCAUGGUGUCACCUUUGAAACAACCAUCAUUGAUAAAUUUGAAGUGGCCUUUGGCCGUGAGGGUGAGACAUUGAGUCUGGGCUGCACUGUCAUCAUUUUUCCCACCGUGAAGAAAUACCAGCCUGACGUCGUGUGGUACAGAGACUCUGUCCCCUUGAAGCCCUCUAAAUGGGUACACACCCACUGGUCUGGGGAACGUGCCACUCUCACACUUGUCCACCUCAACAAGGAAGAUGAGGGCAUGUACACCCUGCGCGUCAACACCAAAUCUGGCUUUGACUCCUACUCUGCUUAUGUGUUUGUCAGAGAUGCCGAUGUGGAGGUGGAGGGGGUUCCUGUGGCCCCCCUGGAUGUGCGCUGUCAUGAUGCCAAUAAGGACUAUGUGGUGGUGACCUGGAAGCAGCCAGCGGUGGAGGGCAGCAGCUCCAUCCUGGGAUAUUACAUUGACAGGUGCGAGGUGGGCAGUCACCACUGGGCUCAGUGUAAUGACGUCCCAGUCAAGUACGCCCGCUUCCCAGUCACAGGCCUGGUGGAGGGGCAUUCUUACAUCUUUAGGGUGCGGGCCUUGAAUAAGGCAGGAGUCAGCCAUCCAUCCCGUGUCUCAGAGGCAGUUGUUGCCAUGGACCCAGCCGACAGAGCCCGCCUCAGAGCUGGCCCCUCCGCUCCUUGGACUGGGAUGAUCAAGUUCACAGAGGAGGAUCCCACUGUGGGCGUCGUCCCCGGAGAACCCUCUGAUGUUGUGGUUACUGAGGCAACCAAGAGCUACGUGGUGCUCGCCUGGAAGCCUCCAAUUCAGAGGGGUCAUGAAGGAGUCAUGUAUUACAUUGAGAAGCGUAUUUCAGGGACAGAAACCUGGCAGAGGGUGAACACCGGCAUGCCAGUCAAGUCUCCCCGCUUUGCCCUGUUUGACCUGGCAGAGGGUAAAUCCUACAGCUUCCGUGUGCGCUGCUGCAACUCCGCUGGUGUGGGUGAAUCCUCUGUAGCCACAGAAGAGAUCACGGUUGGAGAUAAACUGGACUUGCCCUCAGCUCCAGGCAAUCCAGUGGCCACCAGGAACACCAGCACCUCAGUGGUGGUCCACUGGGCGGCGUCUAAGGAUGUCAAACACCUGGUCGGUUACUACAUCGAAUAUAGCGAGGUGGGCACCGAGGAGUGGAUUCCUUGCAACAACAAACCUGUCAAGCAGACCAGGUUUGUGUGCCACGGUUUGACCACCGGGACAAACUGCGUGUUCAGGGUCAAGGCAGUCAACGCUGCUGGAUACAGCCAGAGCUCUGCCGUCUCUGACGCUGUGAUCGUGCAGGCCGCCAUCUCCGUCCCUGGAAAGCCCACCAAUGUGGCCCUGGUGGAGGCUGUAAAGGACUACAUGGUGCUGGCCUGGUCUGAACCUGCUAACAACGGAGGAGGAGCGGAUGUCAGGGGAUAUUUUAUCGACUACAGGACUGUGAAGGGAGGCGUUGUUGGGAAAUGGCAUGAAAUGAACAACAAGGCGCUGACUACUACCUCCUAUAAAGCUGAGAACCUGAAGGAGAACGUCUUCUACCAGUUCCAGGUGCGUGCGAUGAACAUGGCAGGUGUGAGCAGAGGCUCUCUGCCCAGUUCAGCUCUGGAGUGCAAGGAGUGGACCAUUACUGUGCCAGGUCCUCCUGUUGGCCUUCAUGUGCUGGAGGUCCGUGACUCCUCCGUCGUGGUCCUGUGGGAGCCACCUGUAUUCAAUGGUCGCACUCCUGUCAAUGGCUACUAUCUGGACGUCAAGGAGGCAUCUGCCGGACCGGAAGCCUGGAAGGCGGUUCAUGAGAAGGUCAACAGGGGGAAAUACAUGAAGGUGACGGGGCUGAAGGCUGGUACAUCCUACGUCUUCCGUGUGCGUGCUCAAAAUCUCGCUGGAGUUGGAAAGCCCUCAGCAUUCUUAGGUCCAAUCCUGGCCCAGACUCGCCCUGGCACCAAAGAAAUUUAUGUGGAUGUGGAUGAUGACGGUGUGAUCUCUAUGGUCUUUGAGUGCUCUGAGAUGAAGGAAGGCUCUGAGUUUGUUUGGUCCAAGAAUUACAAGACUAUUACAGACACCUCUCGCCGCCUCACUAUAAUCACCGAAAAGGGCAAGUCCAGAGCUAUCUUCAACAGUCCCUCUCUGGAGGAUCUGGGCACCUUCUCCUGUGUGGUUACCAACACUGACGGCAUCUCCUCCAGCUACACGCUCACUGAGGAGGGUCUCAAGCGUCUUCUGGACCUAAGCCAUGAACACAAGUUCCCUGUUAUUCCCUUCAAGAGCGAAAUGGCCAUGGAGUUGCUCGAGAAGGGUCGUGUGCGAUUCUGGACUCAGGUGGAGAAAUGCACUUCCGCCUGCCAAGUGGAGUAUGCCUUUAAUGAUGCCAUCAUUACUCACGGAAAGAAAUACACAAUGCACUUCGACCAAUCCACUGGCAUCAUUGAAAUGUUCAUGGACUCUCUGGAGGUCACUGACGAGGGAACGUUCACCUUCAAUUUGGUGGACGGCAAGGCCAAGGGCACAACCAGUCUGGUGCUCAUCGGAGAUGAGUUCAGGGAGCUUCAAAAGAAAUCCGAAUUUGAGAGGGCAGAAUGGGUCAGGAAACAAGGUCCUCACUUUGUUGAGUACCUUAGCUUUGCCGUUACUAAAGAAUGUGAUGUGCUGUUGAAAUGCAAGAUUGGAAAUGUCAGACCAGAGACUGAGAUCACCUGGUCUAAGGACAACAUUGAGAUUGCCGAGGAUGACGAGGACGCUAAGAAAAUUGGGAGAACAGACGGCGAGCUGACCUUUAAUAUUGGAAAGAUCUCCAAAACGGACGCAGGUGUGUACGACGUCUUCCUGAUGGACGACAGAGGCAGUGAUAGGAGCACCUUCAAUCUGACAGAUGCAGGACUCCAAGCUGUGAUGAAUGAGCUGUUCAGGGUUAUUGCCAAUUCCUCCUCUGAAAUCCAAGUUAUGAGCACUGAGCACGGCAUCAUCCUCUACUCCACGGUCACAUAUUACAACGAGGAGCAGCGUGUCGGUUGGCUCCACAAAGAUGCGAAGAUUGCCGCCUCAGAGAGAGUUAAGUCCGGAGUCACAGGACAGCAGCUUUGGCUUAAGAUCAAUGAACCCACCGAGAAGGACAAGGGCAAAUACAUGAUGGACAUCUUCGAUGGCAAGGACGGUGUGAAGAGAUUCUUUGAUCUGGCUGGCAAGGCAUGGGAAGAGGCAUUUGAAGAAUUCCAAAGGCUCAAGGCGGCAGCCAUCGCAGAGAGAAAUCGUGCUCGUGUUAUUGGAGGUUUGCCAGAUGUGGUUGCCAUCCAAGAGGGCAAGUCCCUGAACCUGACUGGCAAUGUCUGGGGCGAGCCCGUACCUGAGGUGAGCUGGACGAAGAACGAAAAGGAGCUGGUAUGUGACGACCACUACAAACUCAAGUUCGAGCACGGCAAGUUCGCCAGCAUCACAAUUGCCGCCGUCACCACGGCUGACUCUGGCAAAUACGCCCUCCUGGUCAAGAACAAGUACGGCACAGAGGCUGGCGAGUUCACCGUCAGCGUCUACAACCCAGAAGAUGAGGAGAACAAGGAGGAGAAGAAAGGCUAAAGGAUGACGCAGUGUAAUGAAACAAAACAGAAAAGAUAAACGACUGGGCCAUAUCCAAAGCAUUUUACCCCGGCACGUGCCGGUGCACCGAGCAGUUUGAAUAAAUGAUUAAUACAGCUGCUUCCUCCUGCGUCUUUCAUGUGCUGGGCUAAAGAGCUUUGGGCAUUGCUUGUGGAGGAAGCAAACAAUGAAUGUGAUACAGGGAGGAUAAAUGUGUGCUCGUAGUUGCUUGACAUCUCUUGUGUCCCUUCAGGCCACUAUCGGCAGUAAAUGUUUAAUCGUAGAGGAUGUCAUUAAUCUUUAUUUUAGUGAAGAGGGACAGCAAAAGCAAAAGGCAAUUUUCUUAUACUAUUACAGCCCUACAUUUGGAAACUUUUGACCUCUGGAACCAAGUCAUGCCUGAGGUUUAUACACUGUAAAAAAAAUAAAUAAAUAAAUAAAGAAGAAAAAAAAUGUAAUGAACUCCCUACUAGCAAUUUGCUUUGUGUUGUGAGACGUGAAGCCAGUGGAUAUGUCACAUGCUCCGCUGAGCUCUUUGUGUCUAUUAUUUAUAAACAGCUAUUAUGUUAUAUACUGGACAAAAAAUUAAACUCAACACUUUAGUGUUAUGUUAUCAAUAGAUAUAUUUAUCUUAAAUUUUGGUCACCAAAUUGUUAAACUGUCAUUUUCUUAGAUAAUCCAUUCACCUCACAGGUGUUGCAUCAGAAAUUAAAGAAAGACCUCAAGAAAGUGCUUGAAUUUUUUUUUCUGUAACAUAGUUUUAACUAACAUAGUUUUCAAGUUAACAAGUUUUCACUAUAUUAUCAAUAGAAUUAUAAAUAUAGCUUUCUGGACGUUUUUUCUGUCAGCUAAUUUUCAGAUCAUUUCCUUGUCACCUUUUACUUUUUUUUUUCUUUGCAGUUUGUGGCACAUAUCUUGCCAAGAUGCUCAUGUUUUUUUCCUGUUCCUGAAAGAAAUCUAACUAAUUUUCUCGGGUUUUAGAGGCUUAAAUACCAGUGUGAGACGUCUGAAUGCAGCACAAGAAAACUGAUGUGGAUCCAGGUGUUAUAGAGUUAAUGAGCAUCUUGAUAUGCCUCACCAGUCAGGUGGAUGGAUUAUCUUGGGAAAGGAGAAGCGCUCACUAUUUUAACAAAUUUGUGACCAGAAUAUGAGGGAAUUAUAUCUAUUGAGCGCAACAGAAACUCUUUAAUCUUUAACUUAAACCUGUGAAAAAUGGGAGCAAAAACAAAGUUGCUGCAUUUAAAUUUUUGUUCAGCAUAAAUUGUACUGUGUGCAUGUUCGUUAUGUGAUGUUAAUGUACUGUUUGCAAGUGUCACUCAUUACAGCAGUUUGUUGUAGAGGUGGAGCAGGUGAACCUUGAUAGCCUGGAGUGAGGUGACAAAACACAAAUGGCAGUUGAAACUGGUUCAUUCAAGGUGUCUGACACAGACUAUGAAGCCACGUGGAAAGACGCACAAGCAUAACUUGCAUAUUUUUGGAAGUCUUUCAAUGGAACUUGUCUUCUGGGCGUUUGACGCUGACAAAGACGUGUUGAAAGUUUGGGGGGAAUGUUGUAUUUCAAGUACAAAUAAGGAAAGUGUAUGGAUAGACUGCCCUGCAGCACAGAGUGAGGCUGUGCGUCUGUUUAACGAGGUAAACAUUAGUCUGUUUUCUCUUCGAGGCACUCCUUCUUGUAAUAAAGUUGCUUAUGCUUUA